UUCGGUCCCUUUCGAUUUCAUUUCCCGGAAGGAUAGCCAAGAAAAAUCAUGCGAUCCUGUUCGAUUGCACGUUACGUUUGCCAAAUUCGCAUGCCACUUGAAUCGUGUAGAAAUUAGAGCAGAGGGUGGACUUUUGGGAAAGCGUGUGGGUUUAGAUCAAAACAACGAAUCCCUUUGCUUUGGGUUGAGUUUCGUUUAGGGUAUCCAGACUUUGGAAAAUGAGUGACGGUUCCCCACCGCCACCUUUGCUCCAGCAGCAAGAGUAUCAAGGAAAUGGAGCUCAAAUGAGUAAUCUAAGCCUGUGUCCUGGUCCAGAUGAAGAACUCUGCACACUUCCUGGAAGACUUAGGAUUAAUCCAUCACUGUGGGAUAAGAAUGAUGUCAGUCAUUGGCUUCGCUGGGCCCAGAAAGAGUACUCUCUUCGCAAAACCGAUCAGGACAAGUUCGAGAUGAAUGGCAAAGCUUUGUGCCUGCUCACCAAGGAAGACUUCCGGCUUCGAAGCCCAAGUUCAGGAGAUGUGCUCUAUGAGCUCCUGCAGUUUGUCAAACAGCAGCGCAGGGGAGUGAUAUCAGGAGUGAUAUCCGGCCUGGUAGCCAUUGAGAACGGUUCCACAGCCCAACAGGGUCACUCUCUGAGGACAAACUCAUCUGCCAGCCACUACACAGCCCUGCCCAUUUCGAACAGGUCCAUUCCCAUUUGCCCCGUGAAUCCCCACACCAGGCCAGCAGGUGCGUCCCAUUCCACUCACUUCCAGGCCCAUGGAGGAGCCCCCUGCACGCUACCCUACUCCAACCCAGCACAGCAGCUUCAGUCAGGUCUCCAGUUUGUCACCAGGGAGAUGAAGUUCCCACAGAGAGCUCCUUCCUCAGUACCAGACGCAGAGGAAACAGACCCCUCUAACACAGAGGAACCUCUGAAUCUCUCCAACCGAACAGAGAAACCAGCAGUUGCUUCACAACCCACAGAAGCCAACGGGAAGAUACCAGAUUGCAGAUUCCUAUGGGACUAUGUUUACCAGCUGCUAUCAGACAGUCGGUACGAGAGCUUCAUCAAGUGGGAUGAUCCAGAUUGCAUGGUCUUCAGGAUUGUGGACCCCAAUGGCCUCGCCCGGUUAUGGGGUAAUCAAAAGAACAGGGUGAAUAUGACCUAUGAGAAAAUGUCAAGAGCCCUUCGCCAUUACUAUAAACUCAAUAUAAUCAAGAAGGAAGCAGGGCAGAAACUUCUAUUCAGGUUUUUGAAGACACCGCAGGAGAUAAUACAGAGUCGCGUGGACAAAACGGAGUCCCCCGAGCACCCCGUGUCCUCCCCUGACUACCUGGCAGACACUCUGGAGAUAUCACUGGAUUCAGUGUCCGACCCCCCCACUCCGCUCUCAGAAUGAUGGAGAUAACCAAUGGAGAUUGCCAUGGAUUCCAUCUCUGAACCCCCAUCACUCAAGCACCACCCAUGCCAGAGUGAUGAAUGAUACCACUGGACUCAGUGUCCGAACC